GGGUCUACACACUGGGCUUUGUGCAGGGAGCAGCAGUCCUGGGAUGGACACAGUGACAUCCUGAUCUACCUCCUAUUUGGGGGUCACCCUCCUCACCAUCACCCAGGACCCCCUGUACAUGGCAGCAGGUUGGAUGCAGCACAUAUCAUGGAUGACUGACAUAUCCAGGAUCUUCUGAAGCUCCACAACAUGCAGAGCGAGGUCGUUCCCAGCGAUGCUGGGAUUGAGGAGACUGCUCCAAAACCAAAUAGGAGUGCCCCAAACAGUCCCCUCAGGGACACCCUCCGGAGAGCUGCGGCAGCUGUGUCUUUCGAGGGGGCAACAGGACAGGCGACCAUAGAACGGAAGAAGAGAAAGAAAAAGGAGCCGCGUCCAGAAUCCAUCAUUGUGUAUCGCUCGGAUAAUGAGAAGGUCCUGGAUGAUGAACCGGCCGAUCGGGAAACCGGGGAGAGAAGUACAGAGGAAGGAUCCAGAUUUCUGGGGACUCCGCUAAGUGAUGGUGGGUGGAAUAUGCCUCCAGAUAGUCGCUAUGUCACUUUAACUGGAACAAUCACCCGUGGGAAGAAGAAGGGGCAGAUGGUGGACAUCCAUGUCACUUUAACCGAGAAGGAACUUCAAGAACUUACACGAUCUAAAGAUCCUUUACAAGACGAGCCGAUUGAGGGGAAGAAAAUUUGUUCGGUCGGCCCAGAUAAAGGUCCUCACGUCCUCUUGUGGAGUCUUCUUUGCUUGCCGGUCGUAUUUGUUCUGUCGUUCGUGAUUUCGUUCUAUUACGUGACCAUUACCUGGUACAACAUCUUCUUGGUUUACAACGAGGAGAGGACUUUCUGGCACAAGAUCACCUUCUGCCCCUUCCUAAUCAUUUUUUACCCUAUCAUCAUAGUGGUCGUGUCUCUGUCUCUGGCCACGUACACGGCAGUGACUCAGAUCUCCUGGUCGUUUGGUGAGUGGUGGCACGCGGUGAAGGACAUGGAGAAGGGUUUCUGCGGGUGGCUUUGUAGCAAGCUCGGUCUAGAAGACUGUUCUCCCUAUAGCAUUGUAGAAUUACUGGACUCUGACAAUAUAUCGGGAAGUUUGUCGGUGAAGGGCUCUGCGCAGGGCGUGGAGACCUCGGCCGUGUGACUUCGAGAAGAAUUCCUAGUUCCUCAUCCAUUUCUUUAUCUUAUUUAAAUUAAUUAUGGAAUGCUGAUCUGUGGAAAGUCCUGUGCCUCGUGGAUAAUACUGGUGAUUAGUGAACCUGUGCCACUGCCUAUUGCAUGUCCCGGACUGUGACCUAAGAUACUACAACUCGAGAGCUUUUCAAGUUCGGCCUUAAAGGGGACCUCUCACUAGGACUCACUUCAGAUCAGGCAUUUGUUCAGUGCUCUAUCAAAGUCAGUCUAGUAGGCAAAAUUGCACUUACUCCAUGACCCUCUAAGCAGAAGUGAACUCCACCCACUUGACUCAUCAGGCACAUGACUAUUCCCGUUUCUCCAGAGAAGUGUCACAUGACUCGUUUUAGCUCUGCUGAAUGGUUGAGAGGGUUCACAGAUGGAAUGUGGAUAUUUAAUUGCUAGAUUUUUGGGCUCAUGAUUGGGUCAAGUUGAACCCCCUAUCCA